AUGUACCUAACCUAUGCUAGUUUAACUGAUUUGCUAAGAUACUGUACAUUUUUGAAAUUACAUAUUGCCAAUAAAUCAUUAUUAUUUAUUUAUUUAUUAAUUUCAGCUGGUCUGGGGUGGUGGUUUGGACAGCAUAUUACGGAGUUGGUUACAGAACUUCGUACAUCUUUGAAACAUGAAUCUAACGCAGAGGUUUGCGAUACUUUUUUCUUGGCCUAACAAUCUUUGAAUAAGUAGUAAGACAUGAAGAUAUGAAAAAAACCGUUUCUUAGCGAUGAAUAAAUGAUGAGUAAUUAAUCUUAAUUGUUGAACGUUGAAGGUGUAGAGAGGAUGAGGAUGUAGAAAGUUAUAAAGUACAUUGGAAAAUAUUGGAUGUUUAAACGCAACAAUUUGCUUCUGAUGGCACUGCAUAUAUAUGCUGUACUGGCACAUCUGGUUUUCAACAUUGUAGUGUCUUUACUGUCGUAACCUUGUGCUCCAGGGCCCCUCUGUGAACAAAAGAGGCUCCCAAUCCUACCCAAUGAAAGCGUCGGAAUGAGGCGUCCGGAAUGUGUAAAAUUUGCUUGAAUACCUCAACUCCGCCACUUUGUUACCGUUGCUCUGGUGCGCUGGCGCCGCUCAAAGGUGUUAUGCCUUUGCUGAUGCCUGGAUGUCCAACCUAGCGCGGUAUAUACUGCUGGUUUCGGACCACUGCAUGAGGAGCCAAUCAAAGUGCUGCAUUUCUCGUAUGCUGCAUUUCCCAUAAAAUAAAUAUUUAUACUUAAUUUAUUAAAUGUUACAUUACAUGUAUCUCUUGCAGAUAAAUACAGUGAAUGAGAAAAUUAAUAAUAUAGAAUCAAAACUCCGCAAAAUUGAAGAGGUUGAAAAGAAUGCAGCCGAGAACUCGGAGGAACUUAAACGUCAGAAGGAGAAAAUUGAAUGUCAUUCGAACGAACUUGAACGUCAUUCGAACGAGCUUGAACAUCUCAACGAAAAGUUAAAAACAGAAGAUCAUGAUAAGCAAAAAGAAAAUUAUUCAGAGUUUGCAGUUAAAAAAGGUAUUUAUUUGUUCACACUAAAACAUGAAAUAUUUAUAAAGUAUUUUAUUAUAUGGCAAGCAUCACUUCCGGUGAAAUGGCGGACUGUGAUUGGCUGAGAAGCACUUUCAGCGGUCCAUUAUUUUCCCGUAAUAGACCGGCGACCCAUUACGUGAAACCAAAUGCAUGCAUUUUGAAACAAAACAGCAAAACCAAUUGAAAAUUUGAAAAUUAUAAUUUAAUUUGUUAUUAAUAAGAUAUCUGUGGAUGGUUUUUAGUGCAAAAGAAGGAAGACAUUAGUAUUUUUUGUUUUCGUCGACCAAAUUUAAUGUGUACCAAGUUACUAACAUGCAUUUCAAAUCAUGCAUUUCUGGUUUGAUUCUAGUAUAAAUGCCAUAUAAUAAAAUUUUUAUUAACUUCACUUGCUCGGUAUGUACAGAGAAAUAUCGGUCAUCUAUCUUUUUGUAUAAACCUCGCCCUAUGGGUUCGGUCUGUACAAAGAAGACCUCGGUCCGAUAUUUCUCUGUACAGACCUCGCGUUCGGUUAAUAAGAAGUUACUACUACAAUACCACCUUGGGCAGCAGGGAUAACUUAUAAGUAUUUAGAUCGGUCAGGCAACUAUUAAGGUAUUCAGGCAGUUGGUGAAUUAGGCAGUCAGUCGGUAAAUCAGUUGAUCGCUCAGUCAGUGACUCAGUAAUCAGUUCGUCUAUUGGUCAGCCAGUGAAACAGUUAGAUCAACAGCGGGUAGUCAGCUUGUCUGUGAUGAAGUCAGUCAGUUAGUUUGUCAGUCAUGAAGUUUGUCAGUCAGCUAGCAUCGACAACACACAGGAAUGGGAAAAUGACCAGCAGUCCCAGACCUUACGGAACAGGGUUUCGGCACACGCAGGCUACUAUGAACAAAUGUAUUUUGCUUGUAGUGCGCUUUUCAUUCGGCGUGCAGUAAUUCAAAUAGCUGAAUCGACAUGUCAGACUUUCCAAAAAAGUACUGGUCUUUGAAUGAAGGUCACAAUUUUGAAAGACUGUAAAAAUGUUGUACCAAAUAACAGAAAUCACAUUCAUAUAACGUAAUUUUCAUACUAAAUAAUAACUAUUUGAUAAAACUUGAGCUAAAAAAGAAAGCAAUAUACCAAACAAUAAAAUAAUAUAUGUUUCUGUACUGUUCAUGUCACAACAUACGCAUUUUAUACAUUCUUUUUGACGGACACUAGAGGGUCAACUUUUUGCAACGUACAGGCACUUCUUUAUUAAAUGUUAUUGUCGUUUUUUGUUGUUUUUGAAGCUUAUACGUACUAUUGUUUAGCGGCAAAAUUUCCUGCUGCACAUUAAUAUUUGAAUGCGUAUUAAACUAUUAUGCUAAAAAACAAUGGAUAAUCAUUAACAUUCCAAUUUUAUGUUAACAAAAACAAAAGCGUGCGCAGCGAAUAAAUUUCAGUCACUUAGCGAAUAAAUUUUUACAUUGUCAUUGGCGUGUUAGUUAAAUAAAACCACCUUGCAAUUCCAUUCACAAAUGCAAAUAAUCAUGUAAAUAUUUUCUCGGAAAUGUUGGUUUUCUGCUUAGCAUGUGAUUUAUAACAAAACGCACCAUUAAAACAGUGUUUUGAAAACCUAGUUUUUCACAAAAUAUGUUCUCAGAAUGCUGGAAAUGCCAUUUCCGGGUUACAAAUUUUAACAUUUUUAACACGAGCCCCACCCCCCCCCCCCACAAUAUUUCAUAAAGUGUCCGCCACUGGAUUUAAUUCACUGCUUCUUGCAACAUUGACUUUCAUGUCAUUCACAUACAAGCGUAAAAUUCUCAAAUCUUACCUGAAAGGUGUGUUCGCAACAACAUUGUAGCAACCUUCUCAAUAAGUUGCAAAAUGUUCUUAUCAAAUUCCUACAAGUUUGUUACUGACAGCUUGUUAAUUAACAAAAAUGCAGGAUCAUCAUCAACGUUAACCUUUAACAACUAUGCUGCAGGCCUGUGCACGGGAUUUUCAAGCAACUAAAUUUUGAUAUUUAAAAUUUUCUCAGAUUCAUUGCGUCAGAAGAGCGCAUAAUUCAGAAAAUUUCUAGUGAAAUUAUUAGAUGAUUUAAAAACCGAGCUCCGUUUAUUGAAACAGUGAGAGAAUAUUUGCGUACCGAAAGUUGUGGUAUUUUACACGAUUUUGCCUAUCGAGAUGUUUGGCCGUCGGAUAACUUUCAAACAACAAUACAAACUUGAUCACGCUAUUUUGUUCACAAAAUUAUUUGAUUCAACACAUAGGAGUUUAGCGACAACAACCGUUGUUUUUCAAUCUCUAGGGAGAACAGUUUAAAUUGAUAAAGCAAUCCAGUAAUGUUUUUCAAUCAAGUUGUUGUAGUUUAGGUUUGCACUUUCCUUGUGUAUAGAAACACUUGACAGGCAAGAAAUGGCUCUUCCACAGGCAUCUCAAGACAAUAAGGGUUACUGUGUUAGCUAAUUUUUAACUCUGAUAAUAGAGAGAACAGUCUAGAACUGAUAAAGCACUUGUCUAUAAUCCAGUAGAUAUAAAGUUAGUUCAGUCUAGCAUGAUCCUUGCUGAAUGGAUGACCCUUGCUGCAGUGGCGGAUACUGGGGUGCUAGAGGAGGGGAGGCAACCACCUUCCCCAAUAAUUUCUGAAAGCCUUUGAACGCUGGAUGACUAAUUAGCUUUUCUCACGCCGCCAUUUUUGGGUGGCUUUUCAGCCGAAGUCUGCGAGAUAAGUCCACAUUUGGACAAAGCAUUGUGAGUGGUUAGUUUAUUUUGAAAAAUUGCUUUUCACUUUGUUUUAAUUGUCCGCAUUGGUUAACGAGAAUCAAAUGCCACCCAAAAAUGGCGGAUAUUCGUCACCGUGAGAAAGGCUAAUUGUGUAACAAAGCUGUAAUAACAAUUUUGCAACCAUUAAAGCGUUGGUAAGUUAUAAUUGGCACUAUGUAUUGCGUGAAUUUUAGGACAGAAAAAGUUUAAAUAACUAACAUUUGCGGCAACAAGGUGAUCAUAUAUUGGCAACCUAAAUCUUCCGCCCCCAGUAUUUCGCGAAGUGCACGCCACCAGAGCUCAAAAUAAUUCUGAAAACGUAGUCUGAAAUUGUGCCAGACCAACCCAUGUUUUGGUCGGACAUGAUCGGACACUUAAAUUCUUAAUUAUUCUCAACAGGGACAUUGUCAGUUGUCAGUACUAGAAAUCAAAACCAUAACAACUACCAAAAGUCCAAAACCAUAUGCAUAUGCAUAACGGUUAACAAAACUACACAAUACACGAAAAAAUAUGAACAGGUUACACUCUUAAUCCUGAAAUUUGCUGUGUUGGUGAAAUGUACUCAUGUGAAUAAGAUGCUUUUGUGAUGUUACUCUGAGUGUACAUCCACACCGGCAGGCUUGAAAAAUAUGCCUGGCCACGGUGGGAUUCGAACCUACGACUUAUGGAAUACUAGCCCAUUGCUCUGCCAACUGAGCUACACGGUCAGGUCGGUUCGAGUAUGCGAUAUUUCGGAACUGAGUCUAGUUCCUUCGAUAUCAGUGUAAUCUAAUAAUCAUGAAAUUUGCUGUGUUGUUGUAAUGUACUCAGUUGAAUAAGUUCCUUGUGUGAUGUUACUCUGAGUGUACAUCCACACCGACACAGCAAAUUUCACCAACACAGCAAAUUUCAUGAAUAUUAGAUUACACUGAUAUCGAAGGAACUAGACUCAGUUCCGAAAUAUCGCAUACUCGAACCGACCUGACCGCGUAGCUCAGUUGGCAGAGCAAUGAGUUGAUAUUCCUUAGGUCGUAGGUUCGAAUCCCACCGUGGCCAGGCAUAUUUUUCAAGCCUUCGCGGUGUGGAUGUACACUCAGAGUAACAUCACACAAGCAGGUUACACUCUCAUCAACCAAGCAUCAUUGUGUACUAUAGACUAAUAGCAGUAUCCCAAUAUUAGGUAAGGACGAAAGUAAAUUAGUGUCAGUCACUCCCAGAGUCUGUAAAGUGGCGAAUAACGAACACAAUAAAGGAAGAAAUAUUGAAAUUGAUGAGACAAAACGGUCGGCCAUAAUGUCCGUGCGGAAUAAUAAGUAGACGGCCAUAUCAGCAUUUUACUCGGCUAAUGGCCGGUGGCCGACCGUUGUAUUGAGCCCUGCCGAUAGAGUUAUUAUAAAUAUAGUUAUAGUCCUAAUACUUCUUUUUCUUUGCGCUGUUGAGUACUACUAGUUAGUUGACAAUGUAAACCUCGAUACAAAAUUUCCCAUGUUAGAAUCAGGGACCGUACAGCGAUUUUACGAUUAGGGAUGUUGGGGGCGGGGGGGAGGCUGUUGUCGAAAUGAAGAAAGUUCGCGGACUUUUUUAGGGGUAGGAGUCAUAGCAUGGCCAACUGAGUAUGCAACUAUUACCAAUUUUCCAAACCAAACACGAAAGGGCAGGCUCUCCCUCCCCUGGGAAUCUGUGGAAAACUUUAAAAAUUAAUUCAAACAAAAACAUUUUAAGAGGUACACUAGCUUUCGGUCAUGCCUUCAUGCAGUUGGUGUGGAGAAGUGGACCAACAUGAUAGCUGGUAUGGUAGUCGUAUUAAAAUGCAAAGCAAAACAGAGAAGGUUUACCUGUUAAUUCAUGCUGUAUUGCUCAACGCUUAAUAAUAAUUUGGUUUUCGAUGCAUUCGCAUAUUUCUCUUUUCUAAUUUUGUUUAAAAAGUGACCAACUAUUUUGACCAAAGGCUUUUUAUUUUGACCAACUUCUUGAACUUAAAAAUUAUCGGAGGGAUGUUACACUCCCCCUUCCCCCCCACGCACACAUAGUAGCGACGUCACUGUGUCAAGAGUACCAGACAAUUUCAUCUUGCAAAAAGUCUAAGGCGCGACCUCUGAAAUCUUUUGUAAAGACAAUGUAAGAAAUCAAUCUUGCAUAAAAUCAAUCAUCCAUAAAGUUAGUCAUGCGUUAGAUAAAUUAUACGUGUAAGACUACUAUGGUAAAAAUUUCCAAUUUAAUGUAGAUCAGAUCGUCUGGUACUUUGAUAGUUCAUAAAACACAUUCCAAAUUUGCACUCUAUGAAUUCAAGAUGUAUUUUUGUCAGCAAGCCAUUUUUAAAGUGGUUUUGAAAACCAGCCUUCCUACACUUGAAAAUUUACUUUUCAGAAUAAUUUGGUGAUAGAGAUACCAGAAGAGAAUAUUUCAGAAAUGAAAGCGCAAUCCAAAACCAAUAAACCAAUAUUUUAGUUCAAUUUUCUUUCUGUAGUAAUUAAAUAUUAGUAACACUGAGCAGAUAAGAAUAGCCCUUAUUGAACGUCCAAAGAGAGCAGAUUAGAACUUAUAGAACUAUAUUAAGUAUAAAUAAAGUUUUAUUCGUUUAGGUUUCUACCUGUAGUGACGCUGCAUAAAACUGGCCCCUACUGUACGUCUGGCGAGAACAACUUAGAACUGAUAGAGUUAAUCAGUAAAUACAGUUGGCUCAGUUUAGCUCAUCCUGAACUCCCCAUUUUAUUUCUUAGUUCCGUAUGGAUUGCGCAGUCUACCUCGUGACAUGGUAGAACGACCAUCAGAAGUGAACGAGAUAUUGGGGUUACUUAUACCGAGCAAUAGUAAAGUUGGUGUGGUCGGGAAUCGAAGCAGCGACGUUUUUGGUAUCCGUGGAAUGGGGGGCCUCGGUAAGACCGUCUUAGCCCUGGCUGUUGCUUCGGCUGCUUCAGAUUCUCGUCAGGUUAUCUGGCUUGACAUUGGUGAAACCCCAGACUGCUUAGCAUUGAUUAACAUCCUCAUUAAAGUUAUUGGGGGAGCUGUAUCUUUCAGUGAUAUCCAUGCCGCACAAGCCUGGAUAAAAGCAAAUACGGUACGUAUGCUUUUAAUGCUCUCUGUAAUUCUCAUUCAGGCGAUGUGAAACGGAACGAUUUUCAAUAACAAUUUGUAAUACGUUAUACGGAAUUUGAUUGAUUCGGCAACGCAUUGCCGUAAGAAUCGUCGUUGAAAAUUACCUUGUGUGACAUCAUCUUCAAUAAGUGUGGGGGAAGCAAAAUAAAUCAUGACCGCGAAGAAAUUUUGCUGAUUCACGUAAGCUGUAAGCCCCUUUUUCUCACCAAAUAUAUUACACGGCGGCGCGAAGAUAUGACUUUUAUCUUCGAGUGGUGAAAACAAUAUUUUACGAACGAGCGCAGCGUGUGAGUUAAAAUUGUUUUUAACAGGAGAUGAUAAAUGUCAUAUCUUCAAGCCACCGUUUAAUGUUCCGUUUAUUGUAUAAACACUAAAAAUCACAUGAUCGAUAUCUUCACUAGUGAAGAUAUGGAAAUAUCUCACUGUAUAUUUUCAGUAUGUCACUCUCUACUAUAUAAUAAAAUUAAUAUAUUUAAGAUAAUUUGAAGAAACAUUUUCAUAGAAACAUUUUACAAACAUUUUCAUCAAGACGAAUCCCAAACUAUAUACAGCAUUAUCCAUGUUGCAUAAGAUAGACAACUGCACUCACGCUUGUAUAUGGCUAUUAUUGUCCUGUGCUGUAAAACAAUAUGGUAUAUGAUAAUUGGUGUAUUGUGCAUCGUCUUGUCCCGAAAGCCUUGGUCAACCGGUACCAAGGAUGACAGUUGACGAGAAUUGACAAGCGAGAGUUUGUGUGAAAAUUUUCUCAACUCUCAUGUUCCGGACAAACAAGAACAGAAGUUACAUGACAGUUGAUGAGAGUUGACUGGAUAUGACCAAGUGUGGCAAAAACUCUCAUCAAAAUUUUAGCCAGCUCAAAGUUGAUGUGGUUUAUGAGAGUCGAUGAGAGUUGCAGUAAUAUGCAAGCGAAAGUUGCAACUCUCAUCAACUCACAUCCUCGUUUGACCUGAUUAAAUUAUCCCGAACAAGAGAUUGUCAGGGGAUAUCGUUUUCAUAGCUUGUUUGCAAUGUAUUGCAGAGUGAUAAAGAUUGUUUAGUCGUCCUUGAUGAUGUUUGGAGUGUCGACGACGUUGCUGUGUUUGAUCACCUAUCUGGGAAAUGCCAAUUAUUAAUAACUACUAGAGAUGCUAAAGUUGUUCGUGGCUCAAAAGGUUUUGUGUACGAACUCCAAUUUAUGGCCGCGGAUAAAUCCCGAGCGCUCUUGUAUCAAAGUGCCGGGGUCGAACCAGACGAACUGUCUACGUUUAGUCCAGAAAUGCACCAGAUUGUCGAAGAACUGUUAAAGCAGUGCCGAGGACUACCGCUGGCUCUGUCGCUAGUGGGCUCAAAUUUAAUCGACACUCGCUUACAACAAGACUGGCAAGAUGUAUUGGGGUACUUUCAAAAGGCUGGCUUGGAACAAUUACAUUCACAGUUUCCCGCUGUGAUGUAUCCUUACGAUAACAUCUUAGCAGCCAUUGAUGCUAGCUUUCAACGUUUGGAGAAAAACGAACGAGAGAAAUUCCUUGAUUUUGGUAUAUUUCCAGAAGAUACAAAUAUAGCUUCAGAUAUCCUCGAGCUGUUUUGGUCAUCGAAAGAGGCCGGGAGAGCAUCGUACAGCCCUCAAGAAGCGAGAUGUAUACUUAAGGCGCUUGAGAGGAAAUCACUGAUUCAAAAAGGUACAUGGGGGUGGGAGGGAGGCACUCUAUACAUAACGAAAUGGCAAGUCUGGUCUUUAAAGCCCCCUGUAUAUAUGAAAUGCGGGACGAGAUGUUCGCCAGGAUGCAACGAUGAUUGGGAUUCCGCAUAUUAGAGGAAUACCGAAUGGUUUUCCGUGCAGGAUUGCGUGAUCCUCGCACGAGGGAUGUCGCGAGACUUUCGGAAAGCGUAAAAAUACUCGAGCCGCAGGCGAGUGUAUUUUUACGCUUUCCGAAAGUCGAGCAACAUCCCAAGUGCAUGGAUCACGCUAUUCUGCUCGGAAAACCAUUUGGUAAUUGUUUUAUGAAGUAACUACAGGGAAACAAUGACAUUUUGAGAAUCCCGCGAUAAUCCCGCGAAGGCAUUUUAAUUCUUCGUGCAGAAUUGCCUGAUCCUGCAUAGUCUCCUACGCAUACCUACUUAGCGGUCUGAGCCCUCACGUAAGGUAUGCUUACUUUGGCCAAGAAUUCCUUUCCUCAAAAUGAGCCAAUCACAGCUUUACCCACGAAAAUUGUGGGGCUUGACCUUUGACCUUGAGGCUUGGGUCGUCAAAAGUUUCAAAACAUUUAAUCUUGAACAUUUCAUAUCUUCAUUUGUACAUAUUCAUAUCUUAAACCAAUUAUCUGCGAGAGCUGAGAGAUAUAUUUGUUCACAGUGAUUUGUUAUAUACAUAUAUACCAGUCUACAAAUUUACAAUAUGGAACAAUUGUAAAAUCUGUUAGAAUUUGCCGAGCUGUUGUUUUAAACAGACAGUGUAGUAAAAUCGAACAAUAUCACCUAAAAUAUUUCGCGAUGUUUUUAUUACUUUACAAGCGUUUGCAUGUGUUACUGUAACACGGGUAAUAUACUGGACAAAGACCUCAACACAAAGUUAUAAAGUUACUGUGUGCAUUUUAAUACUGCGGGUGUAGAUCGAUAGAUUUAUAAAUACUAAUUGCAUGAAGAUUACAGAAUUCAGCCUAUAUAAAAUACUGAAUUGAUUCAUUGCACAUUUCGGUUUCUAAGUUUGUAUAUGCCUAGCCAGUUUAUAAAGUUUAAUAAAAUCGUAAUUACAAAAGUCGCUCUGAGAUCCUCUGAUAUUGAACGUUCGGAAACUUAUAGUAUAUAUUGAAUAUACAUGCCGUCACGCAGUCGCGUCAAGUUCAAAACAAGUAUUACCAGUGAAUAGUUUUAUAUACAUUUAAGCCUUCGACCUAUCGCGUACAUUCGUUGGAAAAAUAUUCAAUAUUUUCUACUUCGACUGCUAUUGAUCAGAAAACUCGAUCGGUCCACAUUUAUGGCUGUUCACAUUUAAGUACGUAUAUAUUAUUAUUCGAUUAUCGCACGCUCCUUGUUUACACUUUACAGUUGACAUUCAAAGUGGGCGUGUCUAGUGUAUUUGAAUGCUAUUGGCUAAUGGAAUACAAUGGGAAGGCGAAUUGCUAGCCAAAGUAAGCAGACCGUACGUGGCGGGCCCAAACCCGCUAAAGUAGGUCUGCAUAGGAGACUAUAGCUCCAUGAUGGACCGGACAGAAAGGCACUCGUAUAGAAGUCUCCACAAAGCUAAACCAGCAACAAAUCACUAAAAAACCGACAAGAAUUACUGAUACAACAUAUUAAUCACUUAUCGAUGUAAUUCUCGUUUCGAACACAGCAUCUGUACUCGAAGGUGGUGUGUUAUAAAUUCUGAAAUUAGUCAUCACCUUCCAGUAUAUGUCAUACUUAAAGUGAAAGCCCCAAAGAUGCCACCAAAUUAUAUUACAGCGAGAAGCUACAAGUAUUACGACCCCUUACACUUUUCUUCCGACCUCGCGGUUAAAUCAGAUGAUCUUUUGUUAAUUUUCUCAGAUACAGACGUUAACACACAAUUGGAAACGCUCAAAAAUGCUCUUCAUUCAACUCUUGAUCUACAUGCACCAGUAAAAGUCGAUCAAACCCAUUUAUCUCACGUGAAAUAA